GAUCGCUUCAGCUGGCAGCAUCGCGCCGGUGGUGCUCCCAACUCUCCCAAGGCCAUUCUUCUCCCACCGCAAAGAAAGGGUAGCCGUGCAAAAGUGCCAAGUGGUUUAGAGUGAGAAGUCCCCGAAUUAUUUGUGUGCCAGAAAGCGGAGUUCGUGCGGAGUUCGGCCUCCGGAGAAAAGCGAAAGGCGAAAAGUCGGAUUUGUGGGCCAAGCAUUUUUCCGGCAAUUAAUCACCGGCUGGAGUGUGCAUAGUUGCGGAGCGAUUGAGGUUUCCAGCAUUCUGUGCCACGGGCAACAAAAGCUUUUCGUCUCCGGAACACGCUCGAGAAACGCGCACCAAAAUGAAUGCCAUCGUCAGUGCGCUGUUGAAGAUGCUGCUGGUGGCCUCGUUUCUGUCGCAAGUAGCCUACUGUCAGCCGAGCUCGGUACGGCGAGCGGCCGAGACAGCGGCACCGGCGGCGGCGGUGGCACCGCCGUCGACACCAUUGUUGGGCGAUGAUCCGGUGACCACCAGCGAUGCCGGCGAUAUCGAACCGAAGCCGGCCGCCAGCGAGGCCGGGCCGAGAACGCAGCGCAGCUACUAUGCGGGCAGCAGCUACGGGGGAACGACCAGCGAGCGAUUGUUCGACUUUGGACUGCUGGGCAAACCGUACUACAACCGGGGCGGAGGCUACUACCCAUCGACUGGGGGAUACUACCCGCAGGGAGGCUACUACCCACAGGGUGGUUACCUGCCCCAGGGCGGCUACUAUCCGUCGGGAUCGGGCUACUUCCCUGGGACGAACACGCUCGGAGUCGGCGGAGUCGGAUACGGCGGUGGAUACGGCGGCGGAUACGGUGGCUACGGUGGAUUCGGAGGUAACGGGGGGCUGCAGUCCUAUUACGGCUACAACAGCGACCAGUACGGCUACGGCAACCGCAACCUGGGCUACGGCUACUACGGGGCCAGCACGCCGUCCGGGUACAUUGGCUCGAGCCUGGUCAGCGGUUUCCGUGGUUACAACUAG